AUGGCUAAUACUUUGGAGGAACAACAAAGUUUACGCGAAUGCGAAAAUUAUAUUCAGGCGCAUGGUAUUCAACGUGUUCUUAAAGAUUGUAUCGUACAGCUUUGUGUUAGUCGUCCUGAAAAUCCUAUUCAGUUCCUGCGUCAAUAUUUCCAGAAAUUAGAAAAGGAACAAGUUAAACUUGAUGCUCACAAACAAGUUACCACUCCAGAUGACUUCGAAGAUCUCAGUCCAAUGCCACAAACGGCUGCUCCACCUGUACGACGACGUGGCGGUAUCUCAGCCGAACCGGUCACCGAAGAGGACGCCACAAGUUAUGUGAAGAAAGUUGUACCAAAGGAUUACAAAACCAUGGCCGCUUUAUCCAAGGCAAUUGCUAAAAAUGUGUUGUUCUCGCAUUUGGAUGAAAAUGAACGUUCGGACAUUUUCGAUGCUAUGUUUCCAGUUACACAUUUAAUGGGAGAGAAUAUAAUUCAGCAAGGCGAUGAAGGUGAUAACUUCUACGUUAUUGAUCAUGGAGAGGUUGAGGUAUUUGUUAACUCCGAAUUGGUGACUACAAUUGGCGAGGGUGGUAGUUUCGGUGAGUUGGCGCUAAUUUAUGGUACACCGCGUGCAGCCACUGUGCGAGCAAAAACCGAUGUCAAAUUAUGGGGUAUUGACCGCGAUUCUUACCGAAGAAUUUUGAUGGGUUCAACUAUACGUAAAAGGAAAAUGUACGAAGAAUUUUUGUCGCGUGUGUCAAUUUUGGAGAGUCUUGACAAAUGGGAACGUCUCACGGUAGCGGACGCAUUAGAACCUGUUUCUUUUGAAGAUGGCGAAACAAUUGUAAAACAAGGUGAACCGGGCGAUGAUUUCUACAUAAUUUUAGAUGGAACCGCUGUUGUGUUGCAACGACGAGCUGAGCAAGGAGAUGAGCCUGCCGAGGUGGGACGUUUAGGUCCCAGCGACUACUUUGGGGAAAUCGCUUUGCUGUUAGACCGUCCAAGAGCGGCUACUGUAGUGGCUAGAGGGCCGUUAAAAUGUGUUAAGCUUGACAGAGCGAGAUUUGAGCGUGUUUUGGGACUCUGCGCAGAUAUCUUGAAGCGUAAUAUCACGCAAUAUAACAGCUUUGUUUCACUAUCUGUUUAAAUGAGUCGCAAGUAAAAAUCCGAGAUUCUACAUCUGUUUACGAGAAACUUUUUGGAGUAAAAAAUUCACUUUGGAUUAUUGUGGGAUGGAAGGCAACAAAGCGAAUACUUAAUCAACGGAAUAGUAAAACAGCCAAAUCAAUAAAAUUUUAAACAUUACAGUUACAUAAAUUCAAGGACACGAAUCUAUAAUUCAAAAUAGAAAAAUAAACUACACAAAUUAAAUUUGAGGAAAUUCGAAUUAGUUACAUGGUUUAGUCAAAAUAUGUGCUGCCGCAGUAUUGAAACAAGAUAAUAAAAAAUGAAUGAGCUAAAUGUAUAAGUGUGUAUUUAAAAUUAAUUUCAUAUUUCAAACUGGCAACAAGAAAAGCCCACAGCAUUCUACGGAGUUUUAAAAUAUAUGUUCGCAUGGUCACCGGCGAGUCGAAUAAAAAUAUUGCCAAAUGAAAAUCGACGAAAACCUGUCAAUUUGAUAAAAAACUAUGAAGCUAUUAUCCGAAAUAAUUUUUAUGAAUUAACUUGUAAAUGAUAUUCUCUUUGAUAGAAUUGAAAAAUCCAUGACAGCUUCCUUUAUUUGCGAAUUGUAAUAUCGUUAAAUCACUCAAACAAAUAUAACUUUAAAUUUAUGUUUGCAAAUUUUUUUCACUAUUUAAGGCAGACCGGGGAUAAAAGAAACUCUAGAUAAACUCACUAAACUUUCGCUUUACCAACAUCGUUUGACUCGCAAGUGACAAUAUAGGCUAGAAUGCACAAUAACGAAUUGAUCUUCAUGGUUUUUUGAUAUGGCAAAAAAAAAAAAA